AGUGGGGUUUUGGGUAUCAAGUUUUCUGUAAUGAUAAAGACCAAAAUGACUCUAACAUUACUCGUCGCAAAUCUUAUCGUUGUUCAUCAAGUGGCACUUAUGAGGCUCGAAAAGUAAUUGACCAAAAUUUACACUGUUUACGUGGUACUACAAAAACAAGUUGCGAAUGGCAUUGUAACUUUUCAUUUCCAAAAACUACUCAACAAAUAAAAUGUACAACAUUAAAAGAUAUGCAUAACCACCCAGUUAAUCCUGUACAAAUAUCCGAUGUUAUCGCUAGAUAUCGACGUUUUAACAAUGAGAUGAUUCAAGAUAUUGAAUUCUUUUUAGAUUGUAAGGUUGCACCUAUUACUCAACUAGAAAUACUUAAAAAGAAGCAUCCACAUCAUGUGUUUCAUAAGCAAGACAUAUAUAAUAUAAUUCAUAAAUUGCGUCAAAAUGAUGAUGAGAGAUCUGAUUCUGUUUCUUUACUUGAUAGUCUUUUUGAAAAAAUGUCAUCGGAUCCAUGUUGGAAGGUAUUUAUUAGACAUUCUGGUAAUGAACGUCGGUUAUCAGAUAAUUAUGGAAGGUUUAGAAAUGUAGCAAACGCAUUGGUGGAGGAUGAGCUUUCUUCAACUUAUGUUUGGAUUUUGCAAUACUUGUUAAAAGCAACAAAUAAUGUAGUUCCAAAAUCAUUUUGGACAGAUUCCGAACCUGGCUUGAUCAGCGCUGUUUCUCAAGUUUUUCCAAAUACACAUCAUUUUUACUGUUUGUUUCAUAUUUUGCAAAAUAUAAUUAAACACCUUAAGGUAUCUUUGGGCUCGAAUUUUAAUGAAUUUAAGAAAGUUUUUUUUUCAUGUCGAAAUGCAUUAAGUGUAGAGAUUUUUGAACAACGAUGGGAAUUUAUAAUAAAAACAUUUCCAGAAUGUGAACAUUAUAUGAUAAAAAAGCUAUUUGCUAAUCGAAAUAGUUGGGCCAAAGCUUAUGCACCACUUCAAUUUAAUGCGGGUAUUCAGAGCACUCAAAGUGUUGAAUCAUUCAAUGGACGAUUAGAGCAUUCAAUACCAGAAGAUUUGUGUCUUGACGUUAUAAAUGAUAAUUUUAUAGAGGACAUAGUCGAUGAACUACAAGCAACAUUAAAGGCUAUUUUAGACAAUACUAAUACGUCUAAGAUUAUUGAAAUCUGGAGAAUUCGUCGAGUAGGAGGUCUUUCUAAUAAAGACAAUUUA